GAAAGAAGACGUUGAAAAUAGAUCCGUGGUGCUUAAAAGCACUGUUGGCCCGAAACAUGCCGAAGAUUAACGGAAACGUACGAGAAAUCCGAGCUUAGAAAGUCAGUGGGAAAAAAGUCUACGCGCAAGUUGAUUGUUUUAAUCUAAUCUGUAUUCGCUCGGUGUCGCUAUGCCUUGGUGACGGACGGAGGCAAUGAACUCGACGCAUAUUUAUGCUGGUAUCUCAUUUGGAUAGGCGAAGGGAAAAAUAGCAUGCACCUGGCCACGACGCCCUCGGCCACUCCUUUUGGAUUAAAUUUGUGAUAAAAUGUCGAAGAGAGCAACGGCCUGGUUCACAGGGAAAUCGUACGCUUUCAAAACUCUUAAGAGCUGCGUUUCUACUCAGCGUUAAAGUCUACAAAUGACGCCCUCAAAAACAUGCCAUUGUUGGAGAAUUGCCUCUGUUGCAGCCUUCGAGUUGCUGCAUCCGUUAUCUCCGUCUACAUAACAGUGGCAUACAUAAUUGCUUUUCUGAUGGAAUUGUGGUGGUUCUGGGACACUGGAGGACAGUUACCGUAUUUAGCAUACAUAUUGAUAACUGGCUACUUCGUUACCUUUGUUUUAUCUGCAAUUUUAGUCAGAGGGAUAUCACAUAAGCAGAUUCCUCCCCUAAUUCUCUGGUUGUUUGGAAUAGUUGCCAUACUCAUACCUGAAGGUGGUUUAGUAUUAUUUAUGAGUUUUCAGUUUUGGAAAAUCUAUACAAUUUAUGGAUUAACAGAAAUCACAUGUUGGGCUUGCAGACUCUUAGUCAAUGUUGCUGGCUUAAUUUGUGUUUACUUUUUAUACCUCAAUUGGAAAGAAGAAAAGCAAGUGUUGACAAGCUUGAGGGAUCUUAACUUAGCUUCAAGAGCUGCAGUUGUUGAGAAUGGGCGAAGGGCCUCAGUUUCUAGUGAUUCAAAGUUACCACAAGUUGCCUAUUCUAACCCGGGUUUUAACGGCAUACAAGAUCAUCCUCCUACAUUUCCACCACCUCAUCCUCAUUUAAGGAGGGCUGGAUCGAUGGUGUCAAUUGGAUCAAGAAAGCAGAUCAUUCUCAACCGUCCAAUAUGUAAUGAAUUCAACGCUUCUUUAUUCGAUUCAGAGAUGAGAUCAUCAUUUAAAAGUCGGUCCAUGUACAAUCUUCACUCCCCUGUGCCAAUUCAGCAAACUCAACAAAUAAGUAACCAUUCAACUAACAGCCUAGACAGAUCGCUCAGAAGAUACAGAUCUUUAGGGUUUUUCCCUUCGGGCGGUGAUGACAGAAUGAGAAACGGUUACUUUACAGUCGCUCCGUCAGGUUUUGUUGUCAAUGAAAUGGGAAAAGUGGCUUUCGUACAAGAACCAGUCAUUGGAAGCCGAGUAUCAAUUGAAUCAGAUGAUUUACAAAAGUAUAGAGACGUAGCUUUAUAAAAUUGUAAUCAAAAUCAAAACCAAAAAGUCUGAGGAAAUUUAGUUACAGUAGUGUUUUAUUAAUUGUUAUGAUUAUUUAAAUUUAAAUGUUUAUAUUCUUUAUGUUAUAAAUUGUAAAGUUAUCUAUAAAAAACAAAAUCUCAAUGUGUACCAUUUAUUAAUGUGCCAGUUUUUGUAAUUAACAAA